UCAACAUUGUAUAAAAACUGACGCGGCACAAAUCCGUACACCAGCUUAAUGAUUACCAUUGCAGUGAUAUUAAACUGUUUAAAUCGCGUAUGAAAAGUAAUCAGACAGUCGAAUUUCGUAGCUUUGUAAAAACUAUUACGAAGGUAGGCGCUGCCACGAAGGCACAUGGUUCGCAUUUCUUCGGUGCAGUUCCUGGUGCUAAGCUGCGGUGGGCGGUGACAAACCAGUUACUUAAAGAGCCAGUUAAUCGCGGCUGCAGUUCCUAUUUUGGCAUUUUAUUGCGUGGAGACAGCGUCAAGUCCAUAGCUGCGCCUUCAAACUACGACCACCUGAGCCACAAGGAGUAGCAUAUGCCGCACGGAUUUGAGGAUAUAUUAGGAAGUGCGGCUGACAUGACAUCUCGUAUUUGAGGACCUAAAUCCGUAGUACACAGCGAUCAUCGGCAAGAGCACGAUCAAAAAGUUUAGCUUCACUACUUUCGGUGCGACAAGGCUAGACGUUUAUUUGACAUCCGUCAUUUCCUGCGAACCACACUCCUGGUAUCUGCUCUGGCCGAAAUGGUGGACAUUGAUGGUCGACACCCGUCCCAUGCGGCGUUCGACUGCUUCCUCAAGGCCCAGACCUGCAAGGAUGUUUUGGGGAGCUUCUCUACACUCUGUCGCCACCUGGAAAUAGAUGCCCAGGAUCACUGGAGCUUCUACCCCAAACUGAAGGAAAGACUCAACUACUGGAAGGCCAAGGCACUGUGGGCCAAGCUAGACAAGCGGUCGGCACAUGCAGACUAUGGGCAGGGCCAAGUAUGCAAGGGGAACAAGUGCCUCGUUCUGGGUGCCGGUCCCUGUGGUCUGCGAACCGCCAUUGAGCUGUCCCUGCUGGGGGCCAAGGUGGUCUUACUGGAGAAGAGGGAGACCUUCUCCCGCAACAACGUACUGCACCUGUGGCCGUACACCAUCCACGACCUGCGUGGGCUCGCAGCCAAGAAGUUCUAUGGCAGGUUCUGCUCCGGCUCCCUGGACCACAUCAGUAUUCGUCAGCUGCAGCUGAUCCUGCUGAAGGUGGCGCUGUUGCUGGGAGUGGAUAUCUACACCGGGGUGGAGUUCAAGGGCCUCAAAGAUCCGCAAGUGAAUGACAUGGGGGUCACAACAGGAUGGAGGGCGGAGCUGCGGCCAGAGACUCAUCCAGUUAAAUCUUUCCAGUUUGAUGUGUUUAUCUCCGCUGGAGGGGGGAACUUUGUUCCUAAUGGGUUCCGCAGAAAGGAGCUGCGGGGGAAGCUGGCCAUCGGCAUCACGGCUAACUUCGUCAACCGCCACACGGCUGUUGAGACUCAGGUGGCGGAGAUCAGUGGUGUGGCUCGCAUCUACAACCAGAAGUUCUUCAAGGACCUUCAAAAUGAGACUGGCAUUGAUCUGGAGAAUAUCGUCUACUACAAAGAUGACACCCAUUACUUCGUCAUGACUGCCAAGAAGAAAAGCCUGGUCAAGAAGGGGGUCCUCAAGCAGGACCACGGUAGUGUGGACGAGCUCCUCUCGCCGGCCAACGUGGACCAGGAUGCCCUGCUACACUACGCCCACGACGCUGCCUACUUCUCCACCAGCCACCACCUCCCGGAUAUGGAGUUUGCCCGCAACCAUCGCGGCUGCCCCGACGUGGCCAUGUUCGACUUCACAUGCAUGUACCGGGCUGAGAACGCCUCCAUGGUUAAAGAGCGACUGGGGAGGAGGUUGCUGGUGGGCCUGGUGGGGGACUGCCUGGUGGAGCCCUUCUGGCCUUUGGGAACCGGCAUCGCCCGUGGCUUUCUGGCCGCCUUUGAUGCCGCCUGGAUGGUGAGGCGCUGGGGGAUGGGUGAUGACCCUCUGGACGUCAUAGCUGAACGCGAAAGUGUCUAUCAGCUGCUGUCGCAGACUACACCUGAAAACACCAGCAAGAAUUAUGGGUCCUACAGCCUUAACCCCAAGACACGGUACCCCAAUAUCAACCUGAAAGCCAUCAAGACCGGCCAGGUACAGCACCUGUAUGAUUCUGGGGACCCGACAGACACCCAAACAUCCAGCAAGAGACAGACGGGCAAGGGGACAGGUGAGUGUCAAGAUUCGCCGGGCAGCUGCCAGUUUCUCCUGAGAUGGUGCCAGCAGCAUACAGCUGGCUACCAGCGGGUGCGAGUCACAGACCUGGCAGAGUCCUGGCGCUCCGGCCUGGCGCUCUGCGCCCUCAUCCACCGCUUUCGGCCGCACCUCAUUGACUUCUCUUCGCUUGUGGGGUCUGAUGCCGUGUGUAACAACCAGCUGGCUUUCGACGUGGCGGAGGAGGAGCUGGGCAUUUCUCCCAUCAUGUCGGGCACGGACAUGGCGGCUCCAGGCCAGCCCGACAAGCUCUCUAUGGUCCUCUACCUCACCCAAUUCUACAACGUUUUCACUGAGGCGCCCCCUACAGAUUGUGUGGAGGUGCCGGGUUCGACCGCAUCGCUGUCCCGCUCCAGCGUUCGGUCAGUGACUCUGUUCCUGAGCAAACUGAAGCGCAGCACCGCGCAGAGACAGAAGCGGAGACUGUCUGUAGAACAGGCAUCAAAGGAGGGAAACAUGGGGGGAGAAGAGGAGGAUGGUCAGCCGCCGUCCCCCCUGCUGACCCCAAGCAGCAGCGACUUGUGCUACUUUUGUGGGCAGCGGGUCUACAUCCUGGAGCGGGUCAGCACAGAGGGCAAAUUCUUCCACCGCAGCUGCUUCACCUGUAACCAGUGCGGCGCUACCUUGCGGCUGGGAGAUUAUGUCUUCAGUGAGGACACAGGAAAGUUCUGCUGUGCUCAGCAUUCCGAAGAGUUACCACUUACAAACGGGGAAGAAUGUGUCCAGCACCUCCAACCUGAACCAGCUCACCAGGAUCACAUUAGGACUUUGGCGGAGCCCUCGGAGUCGAAUGGAGGCCACGUUCUGCCCCAGUUCUGCUCAGGGCUACUAAAGGAGGACCAGAGCUCCGGUUCUUUGAUAGCGGAGGAUCAGGAGCGACCCACAGGCUUGACUGUUGAGCUUCAGAACUGGGACGUUAGCAAUGCAGCUGCUUCUAAGGAGCAGCCAUAUUCAUCUCCAGCUCAGUACCCGGUAGUAACACGCUCUGAUCCAGAGGCUGAUCUCAGGCCCAACCAAGUAAUGGAACAUGGCAAGACCACAAGUGAACCGACGGAUCCCACUGUGAUCUUGCCCUGCCUCUCGGGGGAGGGGCACCCCCAGGCGGGACUCCCAGUUCCAGCCGCCCGCUCCUUGUACCUGUCCUUUCCGGUCGGGGUAAAUGCUGAUAAGGGCCCCUGCGAUGCCACACCUGCCCUUCCUCCAGUGCCCAAGCCACGCGCUCGUCUCCUAAAAACACCCGAAGCCGCUGUUCUGAUCUCCUCUGAGGACCAGGAGGGUAACGAGAAGCAGGAGCCGAAGGAGGAUGUAGAGGGGGAGGUGAUGAGAGGCUUGGCGGCCGCAGACCAGUGUUCCAAAGCAGCCCUGCGUAAGCUGCAGCUGAGCGCAGAGGAGCGCAGCCAGCUCUCCAGUUCCAUCUUUGGAAAGGACUCCGACUCUGAGGUCCUGGCGCCAGCCCUUCCCACGUCCCCGAAACCUCCACGGACUCUGCUAGAGCCCGAGGAUCAGGGGGGCACCUGGGCUAACAGCCUGACAGACUGCAUCCGCCAGCAGAAGCACCGCAGGUCAUUCCGCCGGAAAGAUGAGCUGGCGGCCAAGGUGCAGGCCCAGGCGUCCAAUCCCAAGGCGCGCUCCAAGUUCUCCCCCUGGAACCUCUCCUCACCUCGGCUUGUCAGAGACCACAGAUUUCUGAAUCUUGGUGUCUACAAAGGGGGAACAGGAGCAACAUCACCUCCUGUCAUCAAGUUACCAGAUGUGGAUGACGAUGAUGCCAAUGAAGAUGAGGAAGAGGAGGAUGAUGAUGAUGGGGAGGAGAACGAAAGCACUUUUUGCAACAGUGAUGUCAUGCAUCCGUCUGAUUGGAAGAUGGUCUCUGCUGUGCCAGUAACUGAGCAGCAGAAGGUUGAGCUUCAAAGGAUGAGGACCAUCGAGCGCCAGGCGAAGCUUUAUGAAAUACAGCGCUUCCACAAAGCUCAGUCCAUUCAGAGGCGCCUGGAGGAGAUCGAGGUGACUUUCAAAGAGCUGGAGGAGAAGGGAGUGGUUUUGGAACGAGCACUUAGGGAAGAGGCAGGUUCCUCAGAAAUGAUCAAUCAGUGGAUUGAGCUGGUGCACCAAAAAAACGCUCUGGUGUCUGAGGAGUCCGACCUCAUGGUGGCCUCACGGCAACUGGAGCUGGAAGACAAGCAGAGCAGGCUGGAUGCGGAGCUUCGAAGAUACCUGGAGGUGGACGAGUCCAAGAAAACAGCCGAGCAGCGGGAGAAGGAGGAGCGAGUGCUGCAGGAGAUGCUGGAGGUGGUGAACAUGAGAAACUCACUAGUGGCCUUUCUGGAGGAGCAGCGGCUGAAGGAGGCCAGCGAGCAGCUGCAGGGAGUGUCCAUCGUGGAGCCAAAGAGGGCGGAGACGGGGGCGGCCCAGGUGCACUGGGCCUGAGCUGGCGUGCAGACACACCCUGUUUCUACACCAACGCAUGGUGAUACAGCCACUCAAAAUGUGCAGAGAAGGGAAUCGGCACCAAUACCGUCACGUAAACACACACCGACGUGUUUCAGCACACAUGCACAAUCACACACCCGCCACCCAGGGCUGCACGAUUUAAGGUACAGUAUCAAUCACUAUUUUUUUUUGCACAGCAUUAAGAUUGCGAUUUUUCCUUUCGUGAUUCUUAAGCAAGAUAGUUUUUCUAUUAUUUUUAUUUUAUUGAUAUAUUAUUGUAUUUUUUUGCAUUACAUAUUCCUUAUGAAGAUGAAAAUGGUGAAAAAGGAAAUGUUUACUGUGAUGCAGCGGAUCUCCCAGCUAAUGCAAAAAUGAAAUAAUCUGUGUCAAGUAAAAAAAUAAGAUCUCAUAGGGGCAAUUUAUAAACAUUGUCGUCCAGCCCUAGUACCGCAUCUCUCAGGUCAGAUGCACAACAGCAAGCACUGCACGCACGCACGCACACGCACACGCACACGCACACGCACACACGCACACGCACACACACACACACACACACACUCUCUCUCAGGGUGUCAUAGAGACUAAAUCUGGUCCUACUGGCUAAGUGCAGCCCCAUAAUGUUCUUGGAUGCCCAAUCAUACGUCACUAGUCUUGCGUUGCCAUUAACCCCAAUCCUGAAUUCAUCAUGAUGCUGCAGUGAUUGGGCCAGAUCAGGAGGGCUUUCUGCUGCUGUGCCCCCCUCCCGCAGCCCCCACAUCACCUCCUGUUCGGCUUCCGUGCGUAAACAUCCUGCUAUAAGAACAUAAGCCACAGAAGCAGUGCUGAGGAGAAAGUGCUCCAGGCUGUGGUCCAAUCAGGAGGCUCUCUCUGCCUGUGACUGUGCAAAGAGGGGACUGCAUUCAGCAAGAGAAAGGACGCCCUCUGCUGGCCAUAUUACCCGUCACUGGAGUGAAAAUGGCCUUCUGGUUAUGCCAGCAUGCACUGCCUCGUCAAGCGUUGUGGUAAUAAGUAUUACAGUUAUGCCAACUGUGACUGCUGUUAUUGCUGCUGUUACUGCGUUUGUCAUUAAUGCCGUCUUUAUUAUUGAGUUGAUCCUUUUUAUUUCAUUAAAUAUGAACUGGAGUGUAAGUUAACAUGUAACUGUACGUUACAUUCCCUUGUGGAGUUCAGAUGAAUUUGUGUGUGCGUUAGUGCGAGUAACACUUACUCAGGGCUAAAUAAAAGAGCUUAGUGCACCUGACAGUCACGGCAGAACCAUAUUUCAUGUGGUAUUUAAUUCAGAAGACCAAAACAGGAGAUGACAGUUUACGGUAGUAUGGUUACUUUUUUAACAUAUAAAAUUCAACAAACUAUUAAAUAUUUUAUUGCACCCUGUUUAUAACCAAUGUGCAUCUCCUAUGUACAAUAUGUGCAGAUUUAAGUGUAUCACAAUCUGAAAUCUUUGUCUAAUAUUGUCUGUUUCUGAGGAUUAUCUUUAUUCGUUGUCGUAGCGCUGCUGCUGGGACAGUACUUUAAAAUCUUAAUAAACUGUAAAUUUUUAA